GAAGAGUGUCAGAACCCUGCUACUAGAGCCUGGAUGUGGCUCUGAGUUUCAGGGUCACUGACAUUGAUAAGACACCUGCGUCCCAGGACUCGGAGGAGAAACGGCUGAUGGACUUGGCGGGGAAUUUGCGCGGGGUUUUACUGAGCGGGAAGAGACUGUUCAAAUGAGGGGGAGGGUAUAUAAAGGAGGGUUGGCCGGAGCCUCCCAUUCUUGGCUUUUCUGAUGUUCAUGUUUCCUACAGUAAAAGUUCCUGGUGAUACCACAGAGAGUCUCGUGUGUUCAUUCAGGAGCGGCUGUGGUGAGCUGACACUAAGCCAAGAAUACGGACACCAUCCCGCUGUAGCGGUGAGGUGUAACAUGCAAGUGGAGGAUGAAGAGCUCUUGGGCGCCGGAGGAGGAAGGUCGGAAAGGGCCACUCCCGAGACGGACGCUGAGUUCCACCAGCUGGCGGCCCUGGCGUCAUCCACCGCUUAUGCCCAGCCAAAUGGGGUAACCCAGAGGCGCGGAGUGGUGCGGGGAGAUAGCACCGGAGGAGAGGAAGGUUCACCUUCCCCAGGCCCGCAAAAGAUGGUGUUUCUGGAGGAGAGGAUGUCGGCGAUGGAGACCACCCUGGCAGUGAUGUCGAGGGCGAUGGAGCGCCUGGCGGUUUUGGCGGAGCCGGAGCGAGGAAGGGAACUCCGGGCUAGCUCAAUGUGGGACGUGAGCAUGGGAAGCAGCCAGGGCUUUGCAGACCUCCCAGCACCGAAGGGAAGGGAAAUGCGAAAGGAGCCCGGUGCCCGGCCCAAGAUCCAAACGAGCCUGACGCGGGUGGAGGAGAGUGACGACGAAGGGGAAAAGCCUCCGAGAAUCCCGGCUACGCUCCCAACUGAGACCCUGGUGCCCCUGGCGAAUGCCGGGCGUGGCACAGGACAAAGGGAAGCAGCAGCGGGGCCCACUGGCCCGCAAGGGGGCUUGCGACGGGCGGAGAAUUGGGGAUUGCCACCACAGGGACCCCUACCGAGACGAGAGGAACUAAGGAUCGAGUUUGGGGGAGAGUCCUCUGAACUGGAUUUUUUCCUGACCACGGUGAGGGGCUAUAUGGAGGACAAUGCCCACACUUUUAGAACGGAAUCCAGCCGGGUACGGGCCAUUGGUGCAGUGUUGAAGAGGGGAGCGGCCAGCUGGUACGUUCAACUACACGCGCGGCGCGACCCAUGUCUGGGGUCACUCCGACGCUUUAUGGGGGCCCUGGAGACCCGUUUCCGAGAUCCACUGGAGCAGAUCCGGGCGAGGGAGGAGUUGAAGACCGUCUCCCAGGGGCAGAGGUCGGUAUCUGAGUAUGCGGAGGAGUUCCAAUGCCUCGCUGAAAAGGUGCCGGAAUGGUCUGCAGUGACAAAGAUAGAACUCUUCAAAGAGGGGCUCAGGCGGGAGAUCCUCUCCUGGGCGGUGCAUCGUGAUGAGCCUGACACACUGCGCGGAUGGAUUCAGCUGGCGGGGCGCAUCGAGACAUCGCUGGCCCAGGCGAGGAGGCACCGAGGAGGGCUACAGCAGCGGCCGCAGAUGAAAGAGGGGAGCCGGAAGGAGGGAUCAACCCCAGCCGGGAGGAGAACGGAGCCGACAGGGAACGUGAGCACCAGCAGGAGGGGCUGCUUCGUGUGCGGCCGUUUGGGCCACAGGGCUGCCGAGUGCUGGCAGAGAAAAGGGGAAGGCGGAGGCCCGCCCAAACCAAGAGCCGUGGCAGGGAAACGCGCCGAGGAAGAACCACCGAUGAGGCACCACUCGGGGGGGUUGGACGAAGGGGAGGAGGACGCCAUGUCAGAACCCUGCUACUAGAGCCUGGAUGUGGCUCUGAGUUUCAGGGUCACUGACAUUGAUAAGACACCUGCGUCCCAGGACUCGGAGGAGAAACGGCUGAUGGACUUGGCGGGGAAUUUGCGCGGGGUUUUACUGAGCGGGAAGAGACUGUUCAAAUGAGGGGGAGGGUAUAUAAAGGAGGGUUGGCCGGAGCCUCCCAUUCUUGGCUUUUCUGAUGUUCAUGUUUCCUACAGUAAAAGUUCCUGGUGAUAC